UCCAUCGAUUGGUAACGCCUGCGCUGUGCUGUCUCCAGCUUCCAUUUGUCAGGUCUGGCUGUGUUGCUGGCCGUGGAAGCUUCCCGGGGUCUCGGUUCUUUCUAGUCUUCCACAACCGACCCUCAUCCCCCGGGAACCGUCACUCGGGGCCGGCACACUGACUGUAGAGUAUUGUGUGAGAGUCCGGCAGCUUUCCUGGGCCCGGUAACGGAGACCGGGGGAGAGGGGAGGUGAUAGGGAAGGAGCGCAGCAGAAGAGCCGGGGACGGGAGGAGCGCAGGCCCGCGGCUCAGUCUCAUUGUUAUCCGGCCUGAUCUGGGAGUGUGCCCGGGCGGCUACACACAAGGCCCCUGCUCUGGCCUUGAUGAUGAUCCGGCGGCGGGGGUCCGGCUCUUCCCCGGCAGCUCCUCUCACCAGCGGCUGAGCCUACAUCACACCGGCGGAGCCUGGCACAGUACCCUAUAAAUCUUGUGCCCCACUUUGCCCCCCCUGGUGGUUCAUCUGACUUACGUCCCUUUGAGGUGAUCUUGUGCCCCGAAGAAUGAACUGCUGCCUCCCUGUUGGAGCCUGGCGGGCUGCCUGGGCAGCAGAUGGCAUCACCUGUGAUGGUAUGGCAUCACAGCUGCAGGUGUUCUCCCCUCCUUCGGUAUCGUCCAGUGCCUUCUGUAGUGCAAAGAAACUUAAAGUUGAGCCUUCUGGCUGGGAUGUUACGGGACAGGGUAAUAGCAACAAGUAUUACGCACACGGCAAGAACCUCUCAGUCGCUCAAGGGCACGCAAGUUCAUCUCACCCGGUAGCCAACUUCAGUCUACCUGCCUACCAGCCCAGUCUCCUCAUUCCAGCCUCUGCAGCAGAGCAUAUAGUGGUAACGGCCGCCGACAGUACCGGCAGCGGGCCCACCACCUCCUCCUUCCAGAGCAGCCAAAUCCUCAACCACAGAAGCAACGUUUCUUUACUGGAACCAUACCAAAAAUGUGGACUGAAAAGAAAAAGUGAAGAGGUGGACAGCAACGGUAGCGUGCAGAUUAUUGAUGAACGGCCACCUCUGAUGCUGCAAAACAGAACCGCGGUGGGUGCUGCUGCCACGACCACCACUGUAACCACUAAAAGCAGCAGUUCCAGUGGCGAGGGGGAUUACCAGCUCGUUCAGCAUGAGAUUCUGUGUUCCAUGACCAACAGCUAUGAAGUGCUGGAGUUUUUGGGCCGAGGGACUUUCGGCCAAGUGGCGAAAUGCUGGAAGCGGAGCACCAAGGAAAUUGUGGCCAUUAAGAUCCUAAAGAACCAUCCUUCCUAUGCCAGGCAAGGCCAGAUAGAAGUAAGCAUCCUCUCGCGCCUGAGCAACGAGAAUGCGGACGAGUACAACUUUGUACGCUCGUACGAGUGCUUCCAGCACAAGAAUCACACUUGCCUUGUUUUUGAAAUGUUGGAACAGAACUUAUAUGACUUUCUGAAGCAGAAUAAGUUCAGCCCUCUUCCGCUGAAGUACAUUCGACCCAUAUUACAGCAGGUUGCCACUGCCCUGAUGAAGCUGAAGAGCUUGGGGCUGAUUCAUGCUGACCUGAAACCAGAGAACAUCAUGCUGGUGGAUCCAGCGCGUCAGCCGUACAGAGUGAAGGUGAUCGACUUCGGCUCCGCCAGUCAUGUUUCCAAAGCCGUGUGCUCCACCUACUUGCAGUCUCGGUACUACAGAGCUCCUGAGAUCAUCCUUGGGCUACCGUUUUGUGAAGCAAUAGACAUGUGGUCUCUGGGUUGUGUGAUAGCGGAGCUGUUCCUCGGGUGGCCUCUGUAUCCCGGUGCUUCAGAGUAUGAUCAGAUAAGGUACAUCUCCCAGACACAAGGACUUCCCGCAGAGUACCUUCUCAGCGCUGGAACAAAGACUUCCAGAUUUUUCAAUCGAGACCCAGAUCUGGGCUACCCAUUAUGGAGGUUAAAGACGCCAGAGGAGCAUGAAAUGGAAACUGGAAUAAAAUCUAAAGAGGCUCGCAAGUACAUCUUCAACUGUUUAGAUGACAUGGCACAAGUGAACAUGUCGACAGACCUAGAAGGCACCGAUAUGUUGGCAGAGAAGGCAGACAGAAGAGAAUAUAUAGACUUGCUGAAGAAAAUGUUGACUAUUGACGCAGAUAAGAGGAUCACUCCGAUGAAAACCUUACAUCACCCUUUUGUUACCAUGAAUCAUCUGCUGGAUUUCCCGCACAGUAACCAUGUAAAGUCAUGUUUUCAGAACAUGGAGAUAUGCAAGAGGAGAAACAAUAUGUAUGACACAGUGAACCAGAUUAAGAGUCCUUUCACCACUCACGUGGCUCCUAACACAAGCACAAAUCUGACUAUGAGUUUUAAUAACCAGUUGAACACUGUGCACAAUCAGGCUAGUGUGCUGGCUUCAAGCUCUUCUGCUACAGCGACUCUUUCCCUGGCUAACUCUGAUGUGCCAUUGUUAAACUAUCAGUCAGCGCUUUACCCCCCAUCUGCUGCCCCGGUGACUGGUGUUACCCAGCAAGGAGUUCCUCUUCAGCCUGGAGCCACCCAGCUCUGCACCCAAACAGAUCCAUUCCAGCAAACCUUUAUCGUUUGCCCCCCAGCAUUUCAAGCUGCUGGGCUUCAAGCAACUGCCAAGCAUUCCGGUUUUCCUGUUCGGAUGGACAGUACUGUCCCCAUUGUGCCCCAAGCUCCUGCUGCCCAGCCUCUUCAGAUUCAGUCGGGGGUCCUCACACAGGGAAGCUGUACCCCACUAAUGGUAACAACUCUUCAUCCACACGUAGCAACCAUCACGCCGCAGUAUGCGGUACCCUUUACCCUGAACUGCGCAGCCGGGCGGCCGGCGUUAGUAGAACAGACCGCUGCUGUACUGCAGGCAUGGCCUGGUGGGACACAGCAAAUCUUGCUACCAUCCACAUGGCAGCAACUUCCCGGUGUCGCCCUUCACAAUUCUGUUCAGCCAACAGCCGUGAUCCCUGAAACCAUCGGAAGUAACCAGCAGCUCACGGACUGGAGAAAUGCACAUUCCCAUGGAAACCAGUAUAGCGCCCUGAUGCAGCAGCCGUCAUUACUUGCCAACCACGUGACCUUGGCUGCCGCUCAGCCUCUAAACGUUGGGGUUGCUCAUGUUGUUCGACAGCAGCAAAAUGGAAACAUGUCGGCAAAGAAAAACAAGACGCAGCAAGCACAGAAUAAUGCCAAGACCCUGUCUGCGUUGGACAUCAUCCCAUCCCAGGUGUAUUCACUAGUUGGAAGCAGCCCUCUCCAUGCCUCCACAUCCUACAACCAUCUUCUCCCAAUCCAAGAGCAGCGACAGCCCAUAGUGAUCCCUGAUACUCCCAGCCCCCCUGUGAGUGUUAUUACCAUCCGCAGUGAUACCGAUGAGGAAGAGGACAGCAAGUACAAGCCAGUAAGCUCUGGUUUGAAGAUGCGGUCUAACGUGAUCAGCUAUGUAACAGUCAACGACUCUCCGGAUUCGGACUCCUCUGUCAGUAGCCCAUACCUGGCGGACCAGCUUUCUUCUCUUAAUGGAGUACACGGUGUUUUUGAAGUUCCAGGUGGCAGAGGACCUCAUGCACAGAGUUUAAGUUCCCGUACCAUUAUUGUUCCCCCGUUAAAGAUGCAACCUCACGAUUGUAACCUGGACAACCACUUGUCAGGUAUUCUAGGCAACUCUGGCAAGUUGAAGACCUCUGCAUCUUCUAGUGGACAAUCAUCUGGUAGUUGCAUCUCCCAAACAAGCUAUCGUUCCCACCGCAUGGUAAAUGGAGUGCAGCCCCUCAACCUCAGUCAGAACCAGCAGCCAGCUUCCAUGGCAUCCCAAGAAAGAAGCAUAAAUCCUCCUCCUCGCAGACAACAAGCCUAUGUUGCUCCUCUCCCAUCGAUUUCUCAGGCACCCUUCACUUUCCAGCACAGUAGUCCAUUGCACUCUUCUGUGCACCCUCACCUUGCUGCAGCUGCGUCUGCCACCAGCCACCUAACAAGCCAGCCUCAUAUGUACACGUACGCUCCCACCACUGCUGCAUCCCUGGGGUCCACCACGUCAAUAGCUCAUCUGUUUUCCCCUCAGGGCUCCUCAAGGCACACGACAUAUGCCACCCAUCCCAGUACUCUGGUUCAUCAGGUCCCAGUCAGCGUGGGACCUAGCUUGCUGACCUCUGCCAAUAUGGCUCCCGCACAGUAUCCACACCAAUUUGCAACCCAGUCAUAUAUCAAUGCCUCUAGGGGUUCUGCAAUCUACACUGGAUAUCCUUUAAGUCCAGCAAACAUGAACCAGUACUCCUACCUAUAAUUCAGGAUCUGGAAGCUUAUUUUGUUUUUAUUUUUUAUAUAUUUUUUGACUUGACUGUUAUACAGCAAGAUUUGCUAGAAGCACGCUUGGAGGAAAAGGGGCUCUCUUCCUUAACGACUGCAUUGUUGUAGUCACAUUAAGCUUGUUCAGUGUUAAUUCAUUCUGUGGUUUCGUGGAUCACAUGUUUUUGUAGCAUUCUCGUGCAUCGUCCCGGAGUGUACAAAACUGCGUUGCCAGCGAGUCGGGCCUCUCUUCUGCUGAAGACGGAUAGCUGUGGACUGCAAAUUACAUUAUCCACUGUUUGCUGCGUUUUAUUCUUUAGUAGAUUAGAUGAGAUGUUUUAGCUCUUUUAAGUUUUUAUUUUUUUUAUUUCUUUUGUUAAUUUCGCCUACAUAUAAGCUAAUAUUUUAUGUGUGAUAAAUGAAGUAUUCAUAAUGCUUUUGAUUAUGCGCUUUCAAUCUGUAGUUAUUAGGUUGAAAUGUUAACUUUUUAUCGUUGUUGUUAUUAUUAUUAUAAUUAUUAUUUUAGACUGUGCUUUCAACUGAUUUCUUUGCUUCCCACAAAGUAUUUUUCUGGUAAUAGCUGCUUCUUGGACUCGUGGAUAUACAUACGACACUGGUGCAUAUUAUGCAAUUAUUUCAUUUUUUUUUUUCUCUUUUCAGUCUUCAUAAAAAAAAUUAUGUGAUGUGGCUGUAUUACUCAACGUGGCAAUAUGUUAUUGGCUCUCGGGGAAGUUGAUUUAUUCAUUUGAUUUUUAUUUCCGUAGUGUAUAAAGGAAUCUAGCAUGAACGUCUGGACAAUAUAUGGUUAGCACCAUUUUAAAUUGGACUUUUCUCUGCACACAGUAAUAUCAUUAAAGUAAAGCUAGGCGCACCAGUGCCGCAAUACGUCUGCUAUGCCAGGCAUCCCUCUCUGUAAAUGACCAUUACAUUUCCAGGCUCCACAAACCUAAUACUUUGCUGCUAUGUGUCACAGUUUUACAUAGGUGCAAUACCUCACCUGCAUAAGCUGGGUGUAUGCCAGCAGCCACUGAAUUAGGACCUGAAAUUGUACCCUUCUCCUCAUUGCAUGGUUGAAACGUGAAGGCAGGCUCACUCUAAAUGUAUUGCACAUCUCAAAGAAUUGUGUAGAAAAAUCUUCCCGCUACUCUGGAGUUUAAAGAAAGCUGAUGGCUGUCAUAUUGCUAGAUGAUAUGUAAACUUUUGCAGUCUAAUUUAAUUUUUUCAUUUAAGGCAACUUUGCAAGAAGUCUUCAUGAAAAGUCACUCAAAUUUGUGUAUACAGUUUGUGUGGAUCUUUGUGUCUCCAUGGUUACAGACUACAAACAGAUCCUGUGUGUAGUCUGAUCCUGCAGUAAUCUACAACUGUUGGCGGAACGCACACUUGGCCAACUGCUAUUCCUCCCGACUUUCCAAAAUGCACGCAUGCUUGGUUUGGCUGAGUGUGCAUGUAUUUUCGGUGGAGAGAAGAGUUAGGGUCCAUUCACACGUCCGCAAAUUGCAGAUCCGCAAAACACGGACACUGCCAAUGUGUCUUCCGCAUUUUGCAGACCGCACAUGGCCGGCACUAUAAUAGAAAUGCCUUUUCUUGUCCGUGGCUGCGGACAACAAUAGGACAUGUUCUAUUUUUUUGCUGGGCCGCGGAAAGGAAGUGCGAAUGCGGACAGCUCACUGUGUGCUGGCCACAUCUUUUGCGGCCCCAUUGAAAAUUGCGGACCCAUUUUGCAGAUGUGUGAAUGGACCCUAAACCGAUACUAGACACAUCUCCCUUGAGAAGAAAGCAUCAGGCAUGUUGAAAGUAAUCGUCCUGAUUUAUAUCCCACCCCACGAACAUCUAAUACACAUAAGAUGUGUAUGUGCAGUUUACCUUAGUCUGAUGUGUAUGGCCACCAUAGGGAUCCUAUGGUUCAAGAAAAAAAAGUUCACCUUAACUGGGGAAGGAACAGAACAAUAGUUUGUGCCCUCCUUUUCAUUAAUUUUUUUGCUGCAGAUCCAUCAAUUCCCAUUCUUUUCUUCUGCCAGCCAAGAUGGCUGCAUCUUUUCUCAGACUACCGUAUGCAUACUGUGCGUUUGGUAGCCCAAGACUCUUUGUAUUGGCCGGCACUGUUAACAUGAACAUUGCUGGCCAAUCCAAGAGUGGGGCUGGACAAGUUGGAAGUGUCUUGGGCUACCUACAGUGUGCAUCAGAUAGUUUAAGAAGCUGUGAGGCCACCAUGGAUGGUAGAAGAGGAGCCUGAGAACUAGCAGAUCUGCAGCUUGUUUUUGUUUUGUUUUCUUAAACUUUAGGGUCACUUUUAUUCCCCCUUUCUUACCAUCUAUGAAUUGGCAAAAUGGCUUGGUCAGUGGCAGUAAACAUGACUGAAAGAGCAGCCCACACAAGGUUUGAUUUCCGUCAGUAACUGUUGAGGCAGAUAGUUCUUCAUGGGAGCUGUAGACAAACUGGUAGGAUAUUGUUCAUUGUGAAACUUCUUGAAAAGUUGUUCAAUUCUUUAGUUUAGAUGCAUUGGAGCAAUAAAACCUGAUUGCAAAAGUAUACAUACCAUGUACUUUUUAAUAUGCUACUUCAGAAACUCCAUUACUGGGGCAAUGCAUUGUACUGGGGUACAACCACAUGGUGCGGUUGAGUACCACACAUCUUUACAGGCCGCAGUUGAUGGCUGUGCAGUACUACUGAUGCCACGUUGCCAUUAACAAUGCAGACUGACUAAACAUUGCAGUCCGCAUUAGUGUAACGAGCCAGCGGCGGCCUGCACGACCACAGCGCAACUGCACCGCAUGGUCGUACCCUUACCGGUAUGACUUCUAUUGACUAAACAGAACCAUAGGUCAAUGGAUUUGGAUCAGGUUCCCUUAUGUUGGAUGAAAUUUGGAGUACGUAUCCAGCUGCUGUCUAUAAGCUUCAGUAUAACACAAGUAUGAAUGGUCUUCUCGUUUAAUAUCUGAAGACCACCGAUCACCAAUAUUGUACAAUACAUUUUAUAAUAGUAGUAAUGUAGUGCUAGGAAUGUCACAUGCAGUCCAAUUGAUUGGAAACCGUCAUUUCAGAUGGGCUAUACAGUAGAUAUAAGAGACUACAUGCAUGCUGUCCUCUUGGUCGUCGUAGUCACUCCUGCUCGUUCUAGCAUGCUUUUUGGCACAGAAAUAUACAAAUGUUUUAGUUUUUAGUUUUUUUUUUCUUUUUUGGCUUCCGCUUAAAAGCUGGAAGACAAAGUUUUGAUUUCCAAGUUUCUUACAGAGUUUUCUGACUAUUUUAGAGGUUUUGUAUUUGUGGUGUUUUCAUAUUUUGCAUAACGUAAAAAGGCUUAUCUUCUGUAAUUCGACGGAAGCAGAAAAUCCGCAGCUUUUCCAGCACUGGCGCCAUAGUCGCCAGCGCAGCCGAAGUUAUCGAUUUGGUGUCUUUGUAUUCCAAACUGUUAGUGAUGAUACUUGAAUCUAUCUGUACUUUGUGUCUGUCAGUUUUUGAGGAUGGGGGUGGGUAGUGGGUGGGCUUCUUUUUAUAUAUCUCUCUCUCUAUAUAUAAUAUAUAUAAUAUAUAUAAUGUAUGUAUAUAAUAUAUAUUAUUUUCCUCCUAAUUCUUUUGUUUGUAAACCAAAAUAAAUUGUGGGAAUGUAUGUGAAACAGUUAGAAAUGAUCACUGUAGCACUGAUAUAUAUAUAUCAAAAAAAUAUAUAUUAAAAAUGUUUGGAAUGUGCUCACAUAGUAGUGGGUGCAUUAGUCAAUCUGAGUUUUUUGCACAGGUAUGUAUGGUGAAUUCUUGUUUCAUGUAUGUCCACUUAAUGUAGUGCCUUAAACGCCAACGUAGUGAUUAGUUUACAGUAUGCUUGCCUUAUUAUAGGGCUGGCAAGCCCCAUUUGACUAGAAGCAAUUCUUUAAACCUAGACGCAAGAGUCGAGUAAGGCUAGGGAACCGCAGUGCUGGGUAAAUAUUCUGGAGCUGCCAUUUUUGAUUUUUGCCCCUCUAGUAGGAAACAUACCGAUGCUUUAGAAGUGCGUCAAGCAGUUGUUGCUUCUCCGACAGUCACAUGAACUGUUAAGUGUUUGGUAGAUAAGCAUUUCACAACUCCGCGCAGUAGAUGUAGGUUUUAAUAGUGAAUCAUUUCACUCACAUGUGCAAUGACAUUGCCUGGAUUUUUUUUUAGACUCCCCCCUAUAACCAGACCUUGUGCUUGUCGAUCAGUAAAAUUCCCUGUGAAGCUAUAUAUACAGGCUAGUUAUAGGACGUUAUACCAAAGAAAGCUUAGCCUAGUAAAUGUAUUGUGCUGACUGGUACGAUGGGCCUGUACUAGGAUACCAGUAAUUCAUGUCAUCGUGUAGAGCAUGUGGAUGCAAACUCCAGAUAGUUUUAGCGUUUCACUAGGCAAAUCCAACCUAUCUGCUUACACAGGUUAGUUAUCUAUCUAUGGCACCACCUAGUAUGUCCUAUAGUCACUUGGCUUUUCUGACACCCCAUGGUGCAAUAUCACUGUCUUCAUAAGGUCAUAGGUAGUCCAGAGUCAGGAUAAAAAUGGGCGAUACAUAAUACAAUAUUAUUCGAAAGUAAUACUUGCCUAUUAGAUCUCCAACCAUUUACUGUGCUACAGGACUUACCAUGUGACCACUGCAACCAGUUACUGGCCUCUGCAAAUAAGCAUUUCUAUAUUCUAUUUUAUACGAUCUCUCCUCUUGAUUCUAGGCAACACUUUGAAAUGUUUGCUUACUGCUGAAAGUGUUAAAACACACACACCGGAAGACAGGCCUCUAGACAACAUGCAUAGAUAUUGCCUAUUACACCACUCAUUGCCCCCUUUGCACAAUAAGAACGGCCAAGAUGUUUGCGUCCUACUAGAUUAUCUUCUCCCUAAGGAGCGUCUUUGCUCCAAGCCCCAUAGGUUACCAGCACCUGCAGUUUACUGCAGCUCUAAAAUUCAGGGAUAAGGUAACUAAAUGUUAGCGACUUUAUAAUACACUGCCAAAAAAGGUUGUCUACUACCAAUCCAUGCGACAGUUGUAUUCAUGUGAGCGCGGGUGGCUCAUGCUGUAUGUGUACAUAGAGGUAACGUUGUAAGGAAGAGGUGAAACACAGCAGGAGUUCUGUGAGAUUCUUCCAAGUAAUUUAAGGUGGAAUGAACUUUUUUUUUUUUCUUUUUCUGAGCUUGGCUAUCAUGCUGUACAUAUUUCUAUCUCCCUGUUUGGAAUCCUAUAUUGACCUUCUAGUGCCAUAGGAUAGGUUCUGUUCUUCUCAAACUAUGAAUUGGACAAAUUUCUUUGUAACCGGUUUGUAUUCCGUAUGUGUGUGUGUAUAUAAGGUUUCCAACAUCCAUUAGAAUCGCAGAAAUCUAUUACUAUGUCUAAGCCGAAAAAUCAGGUCUUUGUUGCUUAUGUCUUGCAGAAUCAAGGUAUCUUAUAACGAAGCCUAUGUUCCCCUUCCCCCUUUUCAUAUACGUUUUUUAUUAUUAUUAUUAUUACUUGCAGUUGUAUUUAGUCUUGACUCUGGUAAUGUCUUAGACCGCCACUGAAACAGAAUAAGUAAUAUUUUAUUACUCGUGUCUGGAUUAUCAUACGGGGGAGGGGGGGGGGGGGGUUAAUUUUAUCAGUGACAUAAGAAAUAAAACAUUCCUUAAUCCUCAUGUGAAGAUCUUGCAUAACUCACUACUAGGUGUGACCAUGACCAUAUAUUUGUUGCCUUCCCCCCUCCUGGUUUUAGCUUUAUGUUGAUCACUACAUGUAGCAGUACAUUAUACCCUUAUGUUAGUGUUGUUGCUUUUACUAGUAUUUUUUCUUUUUUUUGUAUGACUUGUGUUUGAUAUGCUAGUUGCUGUGUUGGAACCUAACAAUUCAUAUUUUAUAUGAAUGUGCUUUUUUCCCCCCCCCUUUUCUUUUAUAUAAAUAGAUAGUUUUCCAAGGGGUGAUGAGUUUGGCUCCUUGGAAUUUAUUGAUCUGUUUGUGUUACCGGUGUUCUGAGGGUUAUGUAAAAUCAGUUGUAAGAAAACAAGAAAAAAAUUGAUAUUUAAAAUUUAUUACUAACUAUAUGGGAGAAGGGUCCAUUGUGAAAACCUAGUUUAUCAUUGGAUUCAAUGUUUGUCUUUGGUUUUACAAAGUAGCUUGUAUUUUAUGUAUUUUCUACGUCAUACAGCAAAAUGUUUAGCAAUUGAAAUGCAUCAAUAAAGAGGGGUAAUUUUUCUUUACUA